CCUCCGCCCCCUCGCCCAGCGCAGCGGCAAGAUGGCGGCGGGCGGCGGCGCGGGGGCCGCGGCAGAGCCCGGCUGGGAGGUGGCGGUGCGGCCGCUGCUCUCCGCCUCGUACUCGGCCUUCGAGAUGAAGGAGCUCCCGCAGCUGCUCGCCUCGGUUAUCGAGAGUGAAUCUGAAAUCCUGCACCACGACAAACAAUAUGAGCCUUUUUACUCCUCCUUUGUUGCACUUUCUACACAUUACAUCACUACUGUGUGCGGUCUAAUACCUAGAAACCAAUUGCAGUCGGUGGCAGCUGCUUGUAAAGUCCUCAUUGAAUUCUCACUGCUUCGCCUUGAGAACCCAGAUGAAGCAUGUGCUGUGUCACAGAAACACCUCAUUCUGUUGAUAAAGGGGCUGUGUACGGGCUGCAGCCGCCUGGAUCGAACUGAAAUCAUUACCUUCACAGCAAUGAUGAAGUCAGCCAAGCUGCCUCAGACUGUUAAAACCCUCUCUGAUGUAGAGGACCAGAAGGAGCUGGCCUCCCCGGUGAGCCCAGAACUGAGACAGAAAGAAGUGCAGAUGAACUUCCUCAAUCAGUUGACAUCAGUUUUCAACCCUAGAGUCUCGUCGUCACCAUCUAUCACACCAGAAACACAGGUGGAAGGAGAGAAUGAGGAUCAAGCUUCCACAGAUCAGACCUCUGCAGCAAAGACAAAAAGCAUAUUCAUUGCUCAGAACGUGGCCAGCCUGCAAGAACUUGGUGGCUCUGAAAAACUGCUGAGAGUGUGCCUGAACCUCCCCUACUUCUUGCGCUACAUCAAUCGGUUUCAGGAUGCAGUGUCAGCCAACUCAUUCUUCAUUAUGCCAGCCACAGUGGCAGAUGCCACUGCUGUUCGGAAUGGAUUUCAUUCGCUGGUAAUAGAUGUGACCAUGGCACUGGAUACUCUGUCUCUGCCUGUACUGGAGCCCCUGACACCCACACGUCUCCAAGAUGUGACUGUUCUUGCUCUCAGCUGUCUCUAUGCAGGUGUGAGUGUGGCCACUUGUAUGGCCAUCCUGCACGUGGGUAGCACUCAGCAGGUACGAACGGGGUCAACAAGUUCCAAAGAAGAAGAUUAUGAAAAUGAUGCUGCUACUAUUGUACAGAAAUGUCUUGAAAUCUAUGAAAUGAUUGGACAAGCCAUCAGCAACUCACGCCGUGCAGGGGGUGAGCAUUAUCAGAACUUCCAGCUGCUUGGGGCUUGGUGUUUGCUAAACAGCCUCUUCCUCAUCUUGAACCUCAGCCCCACGGCCUUGGCUGAUAAGGGAAAGGAGAAAGAUCCAUUGGCUGCUCUUCGUGUCAGAGACAUUAUUGCUCGCACUAAGGAGGGCGUUGGGUCUCCCAAGCUAGGACCUGGGAAAGGGCAUCAAGGGUUUGGUGUUCUGUCUGUGGUGCUGGCAAAUCAUGCUAUCAAAUUGCUGUCAUCACUCUUUCAAGAUCUGCAAGUGGAGGCAUUGCACAAGGGCUGGGAGAGCGAUGGGCCACCAGCAGUGCUGGAUAUCAUGGCUCAAAGCACGUCGAUCCAGAGGAUUCAGCGGCUGAUAGAUUCUGUACCACUCACUAACUUGCUGCUGACUUUGCUGUCUACUUCCUACAGAAAGGCUUGUGUCUUGCAGCGUCAGAGGAAGGGCUCCAUGAGCAGUGAUGCAAGUGCCUCCACUGAUUCUAAUACUUACUACGAGGAUGAUUUUAGCAGCACUGAGGAGGACAGCAGCCAAGAUGAGGACAGCGAACCAAUCCUUGGGCAAUGGUUUGAGGAGACAAUCUCUCCAAGCAAAGAGAAGGUGGCCCCACCACCCCCUCCUCCACCACCCCCUUUGGAGAGCUCCCCUAGAGUGAAAAGCCCAAACAAACAGAGUGCUGGAGAGAAUGGGAACAUCCUGGCCAGCCGCAAAGAUCCAGAGUUGUUUUUGAGCCUAGCUUCAAACAUUCUGAACUUCAUCACUUCUUCUAUGCUGAACUCCAGGAACAACUUCAUUCGCAACUACCUGAGUGUGUCUCUUUCGGAGCAACACAUGGCUACACUGGCCAGCAUCAUCAAAGAGGUGGAUAAGGAUGGGCUAAAGGGCACAUCUGAUGAGGAGUUUGCUGCUGCCCUGUAUCACUUCAACCAUUCCUUGGUGACCUCUGAUCUUCAGUCCCCUGCUUUGCAGAAUACACUUCUCCAGCAGCUGGGAGUUGCUCCUUUUUCGGAGGGCCCGUGGCCUCUUUACAUCCACCCUCAGAGUUUGUCGGUGCUCUCGCGACUGCUCCUUAUUUGGCAGCAUAAAGCCACUGCCCAGGGAGAUCCUGAUGUUCCAGAAUGCCUUAAAGUCUGGGAAAGGUUUGUGGGCACACUGAAGCAGAAUGCCUUGCAGGGGACUCUUCCCAGUGACACAGAAGAUCUGAAUGUUGAACAUCUCCAGUUGCUGCUGCUUAUUUUUCACAAUUUCUCUGAGAGGGGCCGCAGAUCCAUUGUGAUGCUCUGUAUCCAAACAAUUGUGGAGCUGACAGCGAACAUGGAUACCCAGCAAUCUUCUGUCCCACUUCUCGUGGCACGUCUCCUCUUGGUGUUUGACUACCUGCUCCAUCAGUAUUCUAAGGCCCCUGUGUACCUCUUUGAACAGGUACAAUACAAUUUGCUGACUCCACCCAUUGGGUGGGUGAGUGGAUCCCAGGAGAGCAGCAGGCGAACAUCAGUCCCACUCUAUCACGGGUUUAAAGAAGUGGAAGAAAACUGGACCAAACACUGUUCAUCAGAUGCAGCUCCACAGCCCAGGUUCUACUGCAUCCUAUCUCUAGAAGCUUCUGAAGACGAUCUGAACCGUCUGGAUAGCAUGGUUUGUGAGGUUCUUUUCUCUCGGACUACAAAGUAUGAUGAGCUUUACACAGCCCUGACUUCCUUACUUGCUGCUGGGUCACAGUUUGAUACACUCAGGAGGAAAGAGAACAAAAACGUCACUGCACUGGAAGCCUGUGCACUUCAGUACUACUUCUUGAUACUGUGGAGGAUAUUAGGGAUUUUGCCUCCAUCCAAAACCUACAUGAAUCAGUUAGCCACGAACACACCAGAGAUGAGUGAAUGUGAUAUUUUACACACGCUGCGCUGGUCUUCCCGACUGCGAAUCACGUCUUACGUCACAUGGAUCAAGGAUCACCUUACCAAGCAGGGCAUGAAAGCUGACCAUGCUGCUUCUCUGAUUGAAAUGGCCUCCAGCAAGUGCAGCUCAGUGAAGUAUGAUGUGGAGAUAGCAGAGGAAUACUUUGCUCGACAGAUCUCUUCUUUCUGUGGUGUUGACUGCACGACUAUUCUCCAACUGCACGAAGUUCCCAGUUUACAGUCCAUUUACACCCUUGAUGCUGCAAUUUCCAAGAUUCAGGUUUCUCUAGAUGAGCACUUUUCCAAGCUAGCUGCAGAGACUGAUCCACACAAGUCUUCAGAGAUAACCAAGAACCUCCUCCCUGCUACGCUGCAGCUUAUUGACACUUAUGCUACGUUUACCAGAUCUUACCUGCUACGGAGCCUCUCUGAAGAGGGCUCCACUGAGAACAAGCCCUCUGAGGAGAAGCUACGAGGUUAUGCUGCUGUCCUGGCCAUUGGAUCCAGCCGUUGCAAGUCCAAUACUCUAGGUCCAACACUUGUUCAGAACCUGCCAUCAGCUGUGCAGACUUUAUGUGAAUCAUGGAACAACAUUCAUACAAAUGAGUUUCCAAACAUUGGCUCGUGGCGCAACGCCUUUGCAAAUGACACAAUCCCAGCAGAAAGCUACAUCAGUGCAGUUCAGGCUGCUCACCUCGGUACUCUCUGCAGCCAAAGUCUACCUCUUGCAGCUUCCCUAAAGCACACCCUUCUCUCCCUGGUCAGGCUCACUGGGGAUCUCAUUGUCUGGUCAGAUGAUUUGAACCCACCACAGGUGAUUCAUUCCCUCUUGCCCCUCCUUUUGGAGACCAGCACAGAGAGUGUGGCAGAAAUAAGCAGCAACUCCCUAGAAAGGAUCUUGGGCCCUGCAGAAUCUGAUGAAUUCCUGGCACGAGUUUAUGAGAAAUUGAUCACAGGAUGCUAUAACAUAUUGGCCCAUCACUCUGAUCCAAACAGUGGCCUGGAUGAGUCCAUCCUGGAGGAAUGUUUGCAGCAUCUGGAGAAGCAGCUGGAGAGCAGCCAGGCCCGAAAAGCCAUGGAGGAAUUCUUUUCAGAAAGUGGAGAACUGGUCCAGAUCAUGAUGGCCACAGCCAAUGAAAACCUCUCAGCCAAGUUUUGUAACAGGGUGCUGAAGUUCUUCACCAAACUCUUCCAGCUCACUGAGAAGAGUCCCAACCCCAGCCUGUUGAGACUUUGUGGCUCUUUGGCUCAGCUGGCUUGUGUGGAGCCUGUACGUCUCCAGGCCUGGUUAACCAGGAUGACCAUGUCCCCACCCAAAGAUUCAGACCAGCUGGAUGUUGUGCAAGAGAACAGGCAGCUGCUGCAACUCCUGACCACUUACAUUGUUAGGGAAAACAGCCAAGUUGGAGAAGGUGUGUGCACUGUUCUACUGAGUACUCUAAUACCAAUGGCAACAGAAAUGUUGGCCAGUGGUGAUGGCACAGGCUUCCCUGAACUGAUGGUCGUAAUGGCAACUUUGGCUAGUGCAGGACAAGGUGCAGGACACCUCCAGCUUCACGGUGCUGCUGUUGACUGGCUGGGCAGAUGCAAAAAAUACCUGUCUCAGAAGAAUGUGGUAGAAAAGAUGAAUGCAAACGUCAUGCAGGGAAAGCAUGUGACUAUCCUGGAGUGUACCUGCCAUAUUGUCUCUUACCUGGCUGAUGUCACUAAUGCACUGAGCCAGAGCAGUGGCCAAGGACCAAGCCACCUUUCUGUGGAUGGAGAGGAGCGGGCGAUUGAGGUGGAUUCAGACUGGGUGGAAGAGUUGGCAGUGGAGGAGGAGGACUCUCAAGCUGAAGAUUCGGAUGAAGAUUCCCUUUGUAAUAAACUCUGCACCUUCACCAUCACACAGAAAGAAUUCAUGAAUCAACAUUGGUACCACUGUCACACUUGCAAGAUGGUUGAUGGGGUCGGUGUUUGCACAGUUUGUGCUAAAGUUUGCCACAAGGAUCAUGAGAUUUCUUAUGCCAAAUAUGGAUCAUUCUUCUGUGACUGUGGAGCCAAGGAAGAUGGCAGUUGCUUGGCUUUGGUGAAGAGAACUCCCAGCAGUGGUAUGAGCUCUACCAUGAAAGAAUCUGCCUUCCAGAGUGAGCCCAGGGUGCCCGAGAGUGUCAUUCGACAUGCCAGCACCUCCCCUGCAGAGAAAGCCAAGGUCACCAUCAGUGAGGGGAAGGGCCCUGAUGAAGAAAAACCCAAGAAGAGCAGCCUGUGUAGAAACGUUGAGGGCUGUCGAGAGGAAUUGCAGUCCCAGGCCAACUUCUCCUUUGCACCUUUGGUGCUGGAGAUGCUGAAUUUCCUGAUGGAUGCCAUUCAGAUAAACUUCCAGCAAGCUUCAGCCAUGGGGAGCAGCAGUCGUGCACAGCAAGCUCUCAAUGAGCUGCAUACUUUGGACAAGUCAGUAGAAAUGACAGAUCAGUUGAUGGUCCCAACUCUGGGCUCUCAAGAAGGUGCUUUUGAGAACGUCCGCAUGAACUACAGUGGGGACCAGGGCCAGACGAUCCGGCAGCUCAUCAGUGCCCAUGUGCUGAGGAGGGUGGCCAUGUGUGUGCUCUCAUCCCCACAUGGACGUCGGCAGCACCUGGCUGUGAGCCACGAGAAAGGCAAGAUCACAGUCCUUCAGCUCUCAGCAUUGCUGAAACAAGCUGACUCCAGCAAAAGAAAACUGACUCUCACUCGUUUGGCAUCUGCACCCGUUCCAUUCACUGUGCUGAGCCUAACUGGAAACCCCUGCAAGGAGGACUACCUAGCUGUGUGUGGGCUGAAAGACUGCCACGUGUUAACAUUCAGCAGCUCUGGAUCAGUCUCUGAUCACUUGGUACUUCACCCUCAACUAGCCACUGGCAAUUUCAUCAUUAAAGCUGUGUGGCUGCCAGGAUCUCAAACAGAGCUUGCUAUUGUGACUGCAGACUUUGUGAAGAUUUAUGAUCUCUCUGUAGAUGCCUUGAGUCCAACUUUCUAUUUCCUUUUACCAAGUUCCAAAAUCAGGGAUGUCACUUUCCUUUUCAACGAGGAGGGGAAGAACAUCAUCGUGAUCAUGUCCUCUGCUGGGUACAUCUAUACCCAGCUCAUGGAAGAGGCAAGCAGUGCCCAGCACGGACCAUUCUAUGUCACCAAUGUGCUUGAAGUCAAUCACGAGGACCUCAAGGACAGCAAUGGCCAGGUAGCAGGAGGUGGUGUCUCAGUGUAUUAUUCCCACGUGCUGCAGAUGUUGUUCUUCAGUUACUGUCAAGGCAAAUCCUUUGCUGCCACCAUCAGCAGGGCCAAUCUGGAAGUGCAGAGGCUAUUCCCAAUCAACAUAAAGAGUUCAAAUGGUGGGAGUAAGACUUCACCAGCACUGUGUCAGUGGUCUGAGGUGAUGAACCAUCCUGGCUUGGUGUGCUGUGUUCAGCAAACCACCGGUGUCCCGCUGGUGGUGAUGGUGAAGCCAGACACCUUUCUCAUCCAGGAGAUUAAAACCUUGCCAGCCAAAGCAAAGAUCCAGGACAUGGUGGCGAUCCGUCACACAGCCUGCAAUGAGCAGCAGAGGACCACUAUGAUCCUCCUGUGUGAAGAUGGCAGCUUGAGGAUCUACAUGGCCAACGUAGAGAAUACCUCCUACUGGCUCCAGCCCUCUCUCCAGCCCAGCAGCGUCAUCAGCAUCAUGAAGCCAGUUCGCAAGCGCAAGGCAGCUGCUAUUACAACUCGCACAUCCAGCCAAGUGAACUUCCCUAUUGACUUCUUUGAACACAACCAGCAACUCACAGAUGUGGAGUUUGGAGGCAACGACCUGCUGCAGGUUUACAAUGCUCAGCAGAUAAAGCACCGCCUCAAUUCCACUGGCAUGUAUGUGGCCAACACAAAGCCUGGGGGUUUCACCAUCGAGGUGACAAACAACAACAGCACAAUGGUGAUGACAGGCAUGAGGGUCCAGAUUGGCACACAGGCAAUAGAGAGAGCCCCCUCGUACCUGGAGAUCUUUGGCCGCACCAUGCAGCUCAACAUGACCAGGGCUCGUUGGUUUGACUUCCCUUUCACUCGAGAGGAGGCCCUGCAGGCUGACAAAAAACUCACCAUCUUCAUUGGGGCUUCUGUGGAUCCUGCUGGAGUCACGAUGAUGGAUUCCAUCAAAAUCUAUGGCAAAACCAAAGAGCAGUUUGGGUGGCCUGAUGAGCCCCCCGAGGAUUUCCCUUCUGCUUCAGUGAGCAACGUUUGCCCCCCAAACCUGAACCAAGGGAAUGGCACUGGAGACACAGAGUCAGCUACCCCUGCUGCUGCAAGUGGGACUGUCCUGGAGAGUUCUGAAUCUGAGUCCCUAACCACCCUGGACCGGCUAGUAGUGAGUUCUUUAGAAGCGCUGGAAAGCUGCUUUGCUGUAGGACCAGUCAACGAGAAGGAGAAGAAUAAGGUGGCAGCUCAGGAACUGGCUACUAUGCUGCUGUCCAUGCCAGCUCCUUCCAGUGUCCAGCAGCAAACCAAAAGCCUCCUGGCCAGCUUGCACACCAGCCGCUCGGCAUACCACAACCACAAGGAUCAAGCAUUGCUAAGUAAAGCCAUUCAGUACUUGAGUUCCUCAACCAAAGAAGGAAAGGACCUUGAUCCUGAAGUAUUUCAGAGGCUGGUGAUCACUGCUCGAUCCAUUGCUAUUAUGAGACCCAACAAUCUGGUCCACUAUACAGAAUCAAAGCUGCCACAGUUGGAAACAGAAAGUGAAGAAGGGCAGGAGGCCCUGAAACAGGCUGAAGGAGAAGGCUGCACCUUUAUUACCCAGCUGGUUAACCACUUCUGGAAGCUACAUGCAUCAAAACCCAAAAAUGCCUUCCUUGCCCCUGCCUGCCUGCCAGGUCUCACUCACGUUGAAGCCACAGUCAAUGCUUUAGUGGAUAUUAUCCAUGGAUACUGCACUUGUGAACUGGAUUGUAUCCAUACAGCAUCCAAAAUCUACAUGCAAAUGUUACUUUGCCCGGAUCCUGCAGUGAGCUUUUCUUGCAAACAAGCUUUGAUCAGAGUGCUGAGACCAAGGAACAAGCGGAGACAUGUCACUUUGCCAUCCUCCCCUCGGAGCAAUACUCCUAUGGGAGAUAAGGAUGACGAUGAUGAUGAUGAUGCGGAAGACAAGCUGCAGAGUUCUGGGAUAGCAAAUGGUGAGCACAUCCGACAGGAAAGCCAGGAGCAAAGUGAAGUUGAUCAUGGGGACUUUGAAAUGGUGUCUGAAUCUAUGGUUCUGGAGACUUCUGAAAAUGUGAAUAAUGGGAACCCUUCUCCCCUGGAAGCUCUUCUGGCUGGAGCAGAGGGGUUUCCUCCUAUGCUGGAUAUUCCUCCAGAUGCAGAUGAUGAAACAAUGGUGGAAUUGGCUAUUGCUCUGAGCCUGCAACAAGAUCAGCAAGGGAGCAGCAGCAGUGCACUGGGGCUUCAGAGCUUAGGACUGUCUGGCCAAGCACCCAGCUCUUCCUCUCUUGAUGCCGGAACACUCUCAGAUACAACAGCAUCAGCUCCAGCGUCUGAUGAUGAAGGCAGCACCGCUGCAACAGACGGCUCCACUCUUCGGACAUCACCUGCAGACCAUGGUGGGAGCGUGGGCUCCGAGAGCGGCGGCAGUGCGGUGGACUCCGUGGCUGGUGAGCACAGUGUGUCUGGCCGUAGCAGUGCCUAUGGGGACACAACAGCCGAGGGCCACCCCGCUGGCCCAGGCAGUGUCAGCUCCAGCACCGGUGCAAUCAGCACUACCACGGGCCAGCAGGAAGGAGAUGGUUCAGAAGGGGAAGGAGAGACAGAAGGAGACGUCCACACCAGCAACAGGCUGCACAUGGUCCGACUGAUGUUGCUGGAGAGGCUGCUGCAAAACUUACCUCAGCUGAGGAAUGUUGGAGGAGUCCGGGCCAUUCCUUAUAUGCAGGUUAUUUUGAUGCUCACAACAGACCUAGAUGGAGAUGAUGAGAAAGAUAAGGGAGCUUUGGAUAACCUUCUGUCCCAACUGAUUGCAGAGCUAUGCAUGGACAAAAAGGAUGUGUCUAAGAAAAAUGAACGUUCUCCUGUGAAUGAAGUGCACUUGGUGGUGAUGAGGCUGCUUAGUGUGUUCAUGUCCAGAACUAAGUCAGGAUCCAAGUCUUCCAUUUGUGAGUCUUCCUCCCUCAUCUCUAGUGCCACUGCUGCUGCACUGUUGAGUUCUGGUGCUGUUGACUACUGUCUGCAUGUGCUGAAGUCUUUGCUGGAGUAUUGGAAAAGCCAGCAGAAUGAUGAGGAGCCUGUAGCCACCAGCCAGCUCCUGAAACCUCACACUACUUCUUCUCCACCUGACAUGAGCCCUUUUUUCCUCCGCCAGUAUGUGAAGGGUCAUGCUGCUGAUGUUUUUGAGGCCUACACUCAGCUCCUGACAGAGAUGGUGCUGCGGCUGCCCUAUCAGAUCAAGAAGAUUGCAGACACAAACUCCCGCAUCCCGCCUCCCAUCUUUGACCACUCUUGGUUCUACUUCUUGUCUGAAUACCUGAUGAUCCAGCAGACUCCAUUCGUGCGCCGCCAAGUUCGCAAGCUUUUGCUCUUCAUCUGUGGCUCAAAGGACAAAUACCGCCAGCUCAGAGACCUGCACACGUUGGAUUCCCAUGUUCGUGGAAUCAAAAAGCUCCUGGAAGAGCAAGGCAUUUUCCUUCGUGCCAGUGUGGUCACAGCAAGCUCAGGCUCUGCCCUGCAGUACGAUACCUUGAUCAGCUUGAUGGAGCACUUGAAGGCUUGUGCAGAGAUUGCCACACAGCGAACAGUGAACUGGCAGAAAUUCUGCAUUAAAGAUGACUCGGUUCUCUAUUUCCUCCUUCAAGUCAGCUUCCUGGUAGAUGAAGGAGUGUCACCAGUUCUCCUGCAGCUGUUGUCUUGUGCUCUGUGUGGCAGUAAAGUGCUGUCUGUGGCUUCAUCCUCGGGAUCAUCAAGCACCUCUUCCACCUCUGCUCCUGCAGCAGCAGGCUCUGGGCAGCCAGCAACACAGAGCAAAUCCUCCACUAAAAAGAGCAAGAAAGAAGACAAGGAAAAGGAGCGAGAGGGUGAAGGCGUUGGCAGUCAGGAGGAUCAGCUGUGCACAGCUCUGGUGAACCAGCUGAACAAAUUUGCUGACAAGGAGACCCUAAUUCAGUUCCUGCGCUGCUUCUUGCUGGAGUCCAACUCGUCCUCUGUGAGAUGGCAGGCACACUGCCUCACGCUCCACAUCUACAGGAACUCAAACAAGUCUCAGCAGGAAUUACUCUUGGAUCUCAUGUGGUCAAUCUGGCCAGAACUUCCAGCCUACGGGAGAAAGGCUGCCCAGUUUGUAGAUCUCCUGGGAUACUUCUCCCUGAAAACACAGCAGACUGAGAAGAAGUUGAAGGAAUACUCCCAAAAGGCCGUGGAGAUCCUCCGCACUCAAAACCACAUUCUUACCAACCACCCCAACUCCAACAUUUACAACACUCUGUCUGGGCUGGUGGAGUUUGAUGGCUACUACUUGGAGAGUGACCCUUGCCUUGUCUGCAACAAUCCAGAGGUGCCCUUCUGUUACAUCAAGCUUUCCUCCAUUAAAGUGGACACGAGGUACACAACAACCCAGCAAGUGGUGAAACUCAUUGGCAGCCACACCAUCAGCAAAGUGACAGUGAAGAUAGGAGACCUGAAACGGACCAAAAUGGUCCGAACCAUCAACCUCUAUUACAACAACAGGACGGUGCAAGCCAUAGUGGAGCUGAAAAACAAGCCAGCCCGUUGGCACAAAGCUAAGAAAGUCCAGCUGACCCCUGGCCAGACAGAGGUGAAGAUUGAUUUGCCACUGCCCAUCGUGGCUUCCAACCUCAUGAUUGAAUUUGCAGACUUCUAUGAGAACUACCAGGCUUCCACCGAGACCCUGCAGUGCCCCCGGUGCAGCGCCUCCGUCCCGGCCAACCCCGGCGUGUGUGGGAACUGUGGGGAAAACGUGUACCAGUGCCACAAGUGCAGAUCCAUUAAUUACGAUGAGAAAGAUCCUUUCCUCUGCAAUGCCUGUGGGUUCUGUAAAUAUGCUCGUUUUGACUUCAUGCUGUAUGCCAAGCCCUGCUGUGCAGUGGAUCCCAUAGAAAAUGAAGAGGAUCGAAAGAAGGCAGUAACAAAUAUCAACACUCUCCUGGACAAGGCUGACAGAGUGUAUCACCAGCUAAUGGGCCACCGACCACAGCUGGAAAACCUGCUGUGUAAAGUGAAUGAGGCAGCCCCUGAAAAGCCACAGGAUGAAUCUGGUAGUAGUGGAGGGAUAAGUUCAACCUCAGCUAGUGUGAAUAGGUACAUACUCCAGUUAGCCCAGGAGUAUUGUGGUGACUGCAAGAACUCUUUUGAUGAACUUUCCAAAAUCAUCCAGAAAGUGUUUGCCUCUCGGAAGGAACUCCUGGAAUACGAUCUCCAACAGAGAGAGGCAGCAACAAAGUCCUCACGAACCACUGUCCAACCCACGUUUACUGCCAGCCAGUAUCGUGCCUUGUCUGUUCUAGGCUGUGGCCACACAUCAUCAACCAAAUGCUAUGGCUGUGCCUCAGCUGUGACUGAGCACUGCAUAACAUUGCUGCGGGCUUUGGCAACCAACUCUGCCAUCAGGCACAUCCUUGUGUCCCAGGGCCUUAUCCGAGAGCUCUUUGACUACAACUUGCGCCGCGGCGCAGCCACCAUGCGGGAGGAGGUCCGACAGCUCAUGUGCCUUCUGACCAGGGACAAUCCAGAGGCCACGCAACAAAUGAAUGAUUUAAUCAUUGGGAAGGUUUCUGCAGCUCUGAAGGGACAUUGGGCAAAUCCAGACCUGGCCAGCAGCCUCCAGUAUGAAAUGUUGCUGCUAACAGAUUCCAUCUCAAAGGAAGACAGUUGCUGGGAGCUCCGACUGCGUUGUGCUCUCAGCCUCUUUCUGAUGGCUGUGAACAUUAAGACUCCAGUGGUUGUUGAAAACAUCACCCUCAUGUGCCUGCGCAUUCUUCAGAAGCUGAUUAAGCCACCUGCUCCAACCAGCAAGAAAAACAAGGAUGUGCCUAUGGAUGCUCUCACCACUGUGAAGCCUUACAGCAAUGAAAUCCAUGCACAAGCUCAGCUGUGGCUCAAGAGGGACCCCAAAGCAUCAUACGAAGCUUGGAAAAAGUGCCUCCCUGCCAGAGGUGUAGAUGCCAAUGGGAAAUCUCCCAGCAAAGCUGAGCUUCACCAGCUCUACUUGUCAGAAAAAUAUGUCUGGAAAUGGAAACAGUUCAUGAGUCACCGUGGGAAGAGACCUUGUCCUCUGGAUCUCAAGCUGGGACACAACAAUUGGCUGCGACAGGUGCUGUUUACUCCUGCCACUCAAGCUGCAAGGCAGGCUGCAUGCACCAUAGUGGAAGCUCUGGCCACCAUCCCCAGCCGCAAACAGCAGGUCCUUGAUCUCCUCACAAGCUACCUGGAUGAGCUCAGCAUUGCUGGUGAGUGUGCCGCUGAGUACCUGGCACUGUAUCAGAAACUCAUCAAACCAGCCCACUGGAAGAUCUACCUGGCAGCCAGGGGGGUUCUGCCCUAUAUUGGCAGUCUCAUCACCAAGGAAAUAGCUCGUUUACUUGCCUUGGAAGAAGCAACACUCAGCACUGAUUUGCAGCAGGGAUAUGCCUUGAAGAGUCUCACAGGUCUUCUCUCUUCCUUCGUGGAGGUGGAGUCCAUCAAGCGGCAUUUCAAGAGCCGCCUGGUGGGUACAGUCCUGAAUGGCUACCUGUGCUUGAGGAAAUUAGUGGUACAAAGAACAAAGCUGAUUGAUGAAACCCAGGACAUGCUGCUGGAGAUGCUGGAGGAUAUGACAACAGGCACAGAAUCUGAAACCAAAGCAUUUAUGGCAGUGUGUAUAGAGACUGCAAAACGUUACAGCCUUGAUGACUACAGGACUCCAGUCUUCAUCUUUGAGAGACUAUGCAGUAUUAUCUAUCCUGAGGAGAAUGAGGUGACAGAGUUCUUUGUAACACUGGAGAAAGAUCCCCAGCAGGAAGACUUCUUACAGGGCAGAAUGCCAGGAAAUCCCUACAGCAGUAAUGAGCCUGGCAUUGGGCCACUCAUGAGGGACAUCAAGAACAAAAUCUGUCAGGACUGUGAUCUGGUGGCUCUGCUGGAGGAUGACAGUGGAAUGGAGCUUUUGGUGAAUAAUAAGAUCAUCAGUUUGGAUCUGCCUGUGGCUGAGGUCUACAAGAAGGUGUGGUGUCCCACUAAUGAGGGGGAGCCGAUGAGGAUCAUUUACCGCAUGCGAGGGUUACUAGGAGAUGCAACUGAGGAAUUCAUCGAGUCUCUCGACUCCACUACUGAUGAAGAAGAGGAUGAGGAAGAAGUGUAUAAGAUGGCAGGUGUCAUGGCCCAGUGUGGAGGCUUGGAGUGCAUGCUCAACAGACUGACUGGAAUCAAGGACUUCAAACAAGGCCGGCACCUCUUAACUGUACUGUUAAAACUGUUCAGUUACUGUGUGAAGGUGAAAAUAAAUCGUCAGCAGCUGGUCAAGCCGGAGAUGAACACUUUGAAUGUCAUGUUGGGAACUCUUAACCUGGCUCUGGUGGCUGAGCAGGAAAGUAAGGACAGCGGAGGAGCAGCUGUGGCAGAACAAGUGCUUAGUAUAAUGGAGAUCAUACUGGAUGAAUCCAACGCAGAACCUCUGAGCGAAGACAAGGGUAACCUCCUCCUAACUGGUGACAAGGAUCAGCUGGUAAUGCUGCUUGAUCAGAUCAACAGCACUUUUGUCCGUUCCAAUCUCAGUGUCUUGCAAGGCCUGUUGCGCAUCAUCCCCUACCUGUCCUUUGGGGAGAUGGAGAAAAUGCAGAUUCUGGUUGAUCGGUUCAAGCCCUACUGUAACUUUGAUAAGUAUGACGAGGAGCACAGUGGAGAUGAUAAAGUUUUCCUAGACUGCUUCUGUAAAAUAGCAGCAGGAAUAAAGAACAACAGCAACGGCCAUCAGCUGAAAGAUCUUAUCCUUCAGAAGGGAAUUACACAGAAUGCCCUUGACUACAUGAAAAAGCACAUUCCCAGUGCAAAGAAUUUGGAUGCAGAUGUAUGGAAGAAAUUCUUAGCUCGACCUGCACUUCCUUUUAUCCUUCGCCUGCUCCGAGGACUUGCCACGCAGCACCCUGCUACACAGGUGCUAAUAGGCACAGACUCCAUUACCAACCUGCACAAGCUGGAGCAGGUGUCUAGUGAUGAAGGGAUCGGGACGUUAGCAGAGAAUCUUCUGGAGGCACUAAGGGAACAUCCAGAGGUGAAUAAGAAGAUUGAUGCUGCCCGGAAGGAGACACGUGCAGAGAAGAAACGUAUGGCCAUGGCAAUGAGACAGAAGGCCCUGGGCACCCUGGGGAUGACGACAAACGAGAAGGGUCAGGUAGUGACCAAGACUGCACUGCUUAAACAGAUGGAGGAGCUUAUAGAAGAACCAGGUCUGACUUGCUGCAUCUGUAGGGAAGGAUACAAGUUUCAGCCUACAAAAGUCCUUGGGAUUUAUACUUUCACCAAACGUGUUGCACUAGAGGAGUUUGAGAACAAGCCCCGAAAACAACAAGGAUACAGCACAGUGUCUCACUUCAACAUUGUCCACUACGACUGUCACCUUGCAGCUGUAAGACUUGCUCGCGGCCGUGAAGAGUGGGAGAGUGCAGCCCUGCAAAAUGCCAACACCAAGUGUAACGGGCUCCUGCCAGUCUGGGGACCUCACGUGCCAGAGUCUGCUUUUGCUACUUGCUUAGCACGACACAACACGUACCUCCAGGAGUGCACAGGGCAGCGGGAGCCCACCUACCAGCUCAAUGUCCAUGACAUUAAACUGCUCUUUCUCCGGUUUGCAAUGGAGCAAUCAUUCAGCGUAGAUACUGGAGGAGGAGGAAGGGAGAGCAACAUACACCUCAUUCCAUACAUAAUCCACACGGUGCUCUACGUCCUCAACACAACUCGAGCAACUUCGAGGGAGGAGAAGAACCUGCAGAGCUUCAUGGAGCACCCCAAGGAGAAGUGGGUGGAGAGUGCCUACGAGGUGGACGGGCCCCACUAUUACACCGUGCUGGCACUGCACAUCUCACCCCCCGAGAAGUGGAAAGCCAUGAGAGUGGAGAUCCUCAAGAGGCUCCUUGUCACCUCCCACGUGCGAGUGGUGUCGCCAGGGGGAGCCAGCAGACUGGCAGAUAAGACAGUGAAGGACUAUGGAACAUACCGCUCUGGCCUUCUCUUCUGGGCCCUAGUAGAUCUCAUUUACAACAUGUUCAAGAAGGUGCCUACCAGUAACACAGAGGGAGGCUGGUCCUACUCUCUUGCUGAAUUCAUACGACACAACGACAUGCCAAUACACGAAGCUGCAGACAAGGCCCUGAAAACCUUCCAGGAGGAAUUCAUGCCAGUGGAAACGUUCUCCGAGUUUCUGGAUGUGGCUGGACUCUUGUCAGAAAUCAGUGAUCCCGACAGCUUCCUCAAGGAUCUUUUGAACUCCAUCCCCUGAGCCGCCAGCACAGCGAAGCGUUGGGCAGAGACUACACUAGCUUGCCUUCCAUCCCUUUGUGUUCCUCCUUGUGCAGUCUGUCCCUUCCCUGAGGAGUGCUGCAGUUUUUGGAGGAGAGUUUUUUGAUUAAUUCUUUUUUUUUUUUUUUUUUUUUUUUUUAUUUUCUACAAUUUUUCCUCUUGAAGUGAUUUGGAAUUUAGAUUUGUUUUAUCUUGUAUUUCAGUGCUUCUAUCUGUAAAGCCUUUGUGUAUUCAAAGCUGGUUGAAAGAACUUGUACAGAGAGGAAUCCAAACCAGUAAAUCUUAAUGCUUUAGUGUGCACCUCUUUGAAGUUAAAUAAAUCGAACAAAUGGGUAAGAUGGGUUUGACUAGUACUUGAACCAUGCAGCAGCCUGAAUGCCAAGUUCUGUCUCCUCUUUUCUUUCAGAGCUCCUUCUCUCAGGGCUCGGAGCUGCUGCUCUUUCCGGCCCAUAGUCUGGACAAGGAGACACAGGAAACAAAAGGCUUGUAGCAAGCAAGGAAAAAGACUGACACUGUCUUUACUGAUUUUACAUGCAGAGCAGGUUUCCCCUUGCGGGACAUGAGCCUUAGGGACUCGUGGACUGCAAGGACAGCGUUUCCCUCAGCCCUUCUCCACCUGGGUGAGGGCAUCUGGCCCUGCCACCAUCCCCUGGUGCUUCGCAUUGCCCCUCUCAAGGCAUGUUGCAUAUCCCAGUGUCUUCCUGACUUCACUCUCACCAAGGCUGUGUUCAAAGCAGGCCUGCAUGCUGUGGCCUCUGGUCAUGUAGUACUGAUGGCCACGUUCCCUCCCAGAGGGAUGCGCUGCUGGCCUUGAAUUUGUUUUCUCUCUCUCAUAAAAUUCACGGCUUCUGCAAAAUGCAUGGAAAAUCACAUGGAAAUGCACAUUCCUGAGCCGGCCACUCGCCCCUUUGAUAGCUUCCAUUUUGGUGUGCAUGCCCUGGCCUGACACCAAGUACCUGCUUUGGAUACAGCCUUGCCUUUUCUCACCCAGUUGUGCAUGCUGGUAACUUACCUUUACCACCAGUUCUGCUGUCCUGUAACCCAGCUGACACGUGGUUAAGCUGGAACCUAAUAAAGCUUUCCCUGUCUUCCUUGUC